AUGUCAACAAACAACAGUGACGAGAUAGCUAAUGCAAAGGGAAAGGUUAUCGUUGCCAAAUCCUUGUUUGAUCAAGGAGACUAUACAUCAUGUUGUGAACUACUUGCUACUUGUUUGACUACUAUGUCAUCGAUUUAUGGAGAGGAAUCAAUCGAGUUGGCACCAAUCUAUCUUAAAUAUGGAGAUGCUUUGUUGCUAUCGUACAAGACGAAUGAGUCGGAUGUGUUUGGAUCUAAACCAGGCGAUGACUCGGAUGAAGAGGAUGUAGAACCAACAACAACCACUACUACUACAACUACAACUACAUCGACCAGCUCGACGACGACUGAAGACGCUCCCCAUCUUGAAGAGAUUGAAGAUGGUGGCGUCGCCGCAUCCGCCGCCGCACCAUCAUCCUCAUCAGACAUUACCAAGGAUCCAAGAUUCGCUGCACUUCAAAAGAAGGCUCAAGAGGACAUUGAGACAUUGGAGCUGGCCUGGGAGAUUGCCGAGUUGGCUCGUGUAAUCUAUCAAAAGGAUGCCAAGGAGAGCAAUAACCAUCGAUUCAAAGAGCUCUCAGAAGCACAUAUCCUCAUUGGCGAGAUCUCUAUUGAGUUGGAUAACCUUGAUGGCGCCCUGCAAGAAUAUGAGUAUGCCUUGGAGCUUAGAAAGAAGCAUGAUAAGGACGACCUGCGAUCGCAUGCACAAGUUCUAUUCUUCAUUGCUCUAGUGUACCAGUUAAAGAAUGAAAUGAAGCUAUCAGAGAACGCCUAUAAACAGGCAUUGGCCAACUUGACGACAUGCCUUGAGACUCUGCAGAGUAUGGCAGAGCCUCCAGUGGACGAUAUUCAGGAGCUCAAGAAUGUUAUUGCCGAAACCCAGCUAAAGAUGGUUGAGGUCACUCCAAUCGACACAUCCAACGAGCCAGUGCCCAAGGAGCUGCAGAACAUGGCCGUGCCCGAAACCCUCUCUAUAUCAACGUCGGCCAGCGACAAGCUCCCGCCCACACCCGUCAAGCACUUUGGCACCUUUGGCAAGGCCACCAGAAAGAAGGCGCCAGAAGCAAAGGAAACAACUACAGAGACAUCAUCAACAGAGACACCAACUGCCACUGCUCCAGCGACAAAGAAGAAGAGGACAUUGGAAUCAUUGAUGAGUGGUGAGGCAGCUACAUUCGCCACGACACAGAGCCAGGCAAAGACACAGGAAGACAAGAAACAAAGGACUGAUUAA